AACCACACAAAAAGCUAUAAAAUCAAUAGAUGGCAAUACUCGUGCUGGCGAAAAGAAAUUAAACAAUAACAACAACAAAAACAAUAACAAAGCAACAUAAAGCUAAAUUAUACAUAUCGAGAUAAUUAAAUGAUUAAGCAAACAUGUGUACUUAGUAUAUUCAUAUGUGUAUUCAAAGCAUACAAAGACACGUCAAACCUCCUCGAUUUUUGUCGGCAUUAAAACUUAAGAUCCCUGCAAAGACAUGUCCUUUCUAUCGCCAUCACUGCGGUUAGAGAAUCUGCCAAACGAACCCAUUAUGACACUCGAUCAUAUACCGGAGGAGAAACGUUACAACAAAAACAAUAUUGUGGCCAAAUGGUGUGCGCCGAUAAAUGGCAAAAUGUAUCGUAUCGAAUUGGAACAUGGCACGACCACAGGACGACGCAUGAUAUGGGUAAACGGGAAGGAAGUUCUGCGUCGUGACUGGAUGUUCAAAUUGGUGGGCGAAGAUUCAUUUUACAUCGAUCAAGCGCGUUGCAUUAUACGUGUCGAUCCAGCACCAGGUUUCAGAUACGAAUAUUCGCUCUACAUCGAUGGCAAGCCACACGAACAGUAUACCGACGAACUGACAAAGCAUUAUCGCUUAUGGUUGGUCAGCAUAGAAGAAAAUGAAUACCGUAUAAUGUUAGAAUUGGAUACGCUCAACUUGUAUGUGAAUGAUCAAUUGCGUGCAGAAACGGGUGAUUUCGUCGAUGGCGGCACGGAUACCAAGUUUACGGAGAAUGGCAAUGAGUUUGUGCUGCAAGCACGUUCGAGUGGCAAUAAAUUGGAUGGCUUGACGCACACUCUACUGGCGAAUGGUGAGGUGAUACCUGAGGCUAAGAUCAUAGAAGUCAUGCAGGAGCCCUUCUCGAUUUUAUCAUCCACUUAAUGUAUGAGAGGUUUGUGAGAGGCCGCCGCUGUGAGUUGUUGUUUAAGUAUAAAUAAAGUGAUGUGAUAGCGUAGUGCUCGUUUUGUGCUAAAGAUUUUAUGAGUUUUAAUGAAAAUAAAAUGUAUGAAAUAAAUGAUGAAUGAAUACUCGGAAAAAUAA